AUGUACUCGAGGCUCUUUGUGGCCGAGGGCCGUCGCCCGGGCUCCGCGCGCUAUCCAUGCGUUUUUCAGAUAUCUGAAUUGUCGCGCGAUGAUACGGGCUACUACACGGAAGUAGUAUCGCUACGGAAAUCGACACAUGCCGUCGACCAAUCAGAGCUUCGCAUGCUCGAUUUGAGCUACCCAGUGCCGGUCGAGAAACUAAAAGCAACGCUGGCCGGCGACUUUACGGAAACGGCCCCGGUGGUCGUGCUGCUGCCCGAAAAACGCUUUGAUUCCCUCUGCACCAACCUGACCGCAUCCAGCAGCCUGUCAUGGGAGACACUGGAAGUGCUCGACCUUCACAAGCUGUACGUCUUCAAGAAGAAGCCGCUCGACGCGCACUACCACCUCGGCGCCAGGCUAUACUCGGUGCAUCGGCUAGUUCUACGCCCCGAUCGCCCCUCCACCGCCUACAUUUUUGCGUUCCGCGUGAACAGCGCCCGCUGCAUGGCCAAAAACCUGUGCGUCAACGUGCAGAUUCUCGACGAGAAGGGUUACGCAACAAAGGAGAUCUGCAAGCCGGUCUCCCAGCGGCCGUUCUUCGGCAAUUUCAGUAGCCGGGUCCAAUUUCAACCUGUCCCGCAUCGAAUCCGCGUCGACCUCAUCGACCCGUGCGUCCGGGUCGGCGUCUUUUUAAAGCCUUUCUUCGCCGAAUCCGCAAACGAGUGGCUGGCCACGAAACGAGAAACUUACGACAUCCUCGCCACGCUGCUCGUCUCCCUGGCCGCCAUCUUCGGCCUGACCAUCCUCGUGACGAUGGCCUUCCUGUUGAAGACGGACAGUGGCGACGAGGAUCGUUACACCUGC